AUGGAAAGAGUAGAAAUCAAAGACUUUGAUAUCAAAAAGUUGUCUGACGUUAAAACUGGGUUGUUGAGAGAGGUUGCAGUGCGCGGGAAGAUUGCGAUGACUCAAAAUAGUCCCAAAAACUCUACAAAACUUUUUGUUUUUGGAGAUUCCUAUGUUGAUACUGGAAAUUGGCCAAAAAAUAUCAGCGGUCCAUGGAAAGAGCCUUUUGGUAAAACAUUUCCUGGUAAACCAAAUGGUCGAGCCUCUGAUGGUCGUAUCCUAACUGACCAUAUAGCAAGAAUGACCUCGGCUAGGCUUCCUAAAGAGGCUGUUAUAGAGAACCCACCACCAGAAAGUUCUCCAAAGUUUUUGCAAUACUUGGAAUAUUGUGCAGAUCGUAUUAGCCCAAGUUCUUCACAACAUGGAUAUGAGAUCAAAGAAACAGGGAUGGAAAAUGUGCAUUUGGCCACUUCUCUUCCACAUUCCGGGCUAAUACGAUUUGCGCAUUGUUCCAAAUAUGGCAAAAACUCUGGAGAACUUUCUGGUGAUGGGAUGUCAUCAUCAUCGGUUUUUUUGGCAUGCAUAGGUGAGGACGUCGUUAAUACUACUCCGAGGAACAAAGCCAUUGUGAAAGAGAAGGUGUUACACCUUGCCAUGAUAUGCUUGUUUGGAUGA